GAGGUCGACGAACAGAUGCUUAAUGUGCAGAACAAAAACUCUUCAUACUUUGUGGAGUGGAUUCCUAACAACAUCAAGGCUUCAGUGUGCGACAUCCCCCCAAAGGGCCUCAAGAUGGCAGUUGCCUUCGCAGGUAAUUCAACAGCGAUUCAGGAAAUGUUCAAGCGUGUAGCAGAGUACUUCACGGCGAUGUUCCGGCGCAAGGCCUUCCUGCACUGGUACACCGGCGAGGGCAUGGACGAGAUGGAGUUCACCGAGGCGGAGAGCAACAUGAACGACCUUGUCUCGGAGUACCAGCAGUACCAGAUGCCCUCUGAUAAGACGAUCGGAGGCGGCGACGAUGCCUUCAACACGUUCUUCUCCGAGACUGGCGCCGGCAAGCACGUCCCCCGCUGUGUGAUGGUCGACCUAGAGCCCACUGUGGUCGAUGAAGUACGCACGGGUACAUACCGUCAGCUGUUCCACCCUGAGCAGCUCAUCUCGGGCAAGGAGGACGCCGCGAACAACUUCGCGCGAGGCCACUACACCAUCGGCAAGGAGAUCGUCGACCUCGUCCUGGAUCGGAUCAGGAAGUUGGCCGACAACUGCACUGGCCUCCAGGGCUUCAUGAUCUACAAUGCCGUCGGCGGAGGCACCGGCUCCGGGCUCGGUUGCCUGAUGCUGGAGCGCUUGUCUGUGGAUUACGGGAAGAAGACGAAGUGCUCUUUCACUGUGUGGGCGUGCCCGCAGGUCGCCACGGCAGUGGUGGAGCCCUACAACACUGUUCUCUGCGUGCACUCCCUCCUGGAGCACACAGAUGUCACCAUCAUGUAUGACAACGAGGCAUUGUACGAUAUAUGCCGCCGCAACCUUGACAUCGAGCGCCCUACUUACACCAACCUCAACAGGCUGCUGGCGCAGAUCAUCUCCUCGCUGACUGCGUCGUUGCGCUUCGACGGUGCUCUGAACGUGGACAUCACCGAGUUCCAGACGAACUUGGUGCCCUACCCACGCAUCCACUUCAUGCUCUCCAGCUAUGCACCCGUGAUCUCUGCGGAGAAGGCGUACCAUGAACAGCUUUCAGUGGCGGAGAUCACCAUGUCCGUCUUCGAGCCCGCAUCCAUGUUCGUGAAGUGCGACCCUCGUCAUGGCAAGUACAUGGCAUGCUGUAUGAUGUACCGCGGAGACGUAGUGCCCAAAGAUGUGAACGCUGCGGUAGCUACUAUAAAGACCAAGCGCACCAUUCAAUUCGUGGAUUGGUGCCCCACGGGCUUCAAGUGCGGCAUCAACUAUCAGCCUCCCACAGUGGUCCCUGGUGGCGACCUGGCCAAAGUCAUGCGCGCCUGCUGCAUGAUCAGCAACUCCACCGCCAUCGCAGAGGUCUUCUCGCGCAUCGACCACAAGUUCGACCUCAUGUACUCGAAGCGCGCGUUCGUGCACUGGUAUGUGGGCGAGGGCAUGGAGGAGGGCGAGUUCUCCGAGGCUCGCGAGGACCUGGCGGCGCUGGAGAAGGACUACGAGGAGGUGGGCAUCGAGACCGCAGAGGGCGAGGGCGAGGGGGGCGGGAACGAUAGCAUGAAUGACAUCGCAGAGGUUUUUGCCGACUUGCUCAACGGCGUGUCGCGGGCCCCGGCAAAGUUCUGGGAAGUAAUCUCUGAUGAACAUGGUAUAGAUCCUACAGGCACUUAUCAUGGAGAUUCCGACCUCCAGCUCGAGCGCAUCAACGUCUACUACAAUGAGGCCACAGGGGGCCGCUAUGUUCCGCGCGCCUUGCUGAUGGAUUUGGAACCAGGCACCAUGGACAGCGUCCGUGCUGGACCUUUUGGCCAGCUUUUCCGUCCAGACAACUUCCGGUGGCGGAUUUGGUCAGACUGGCGCAGGUAA